CGCAUGCGUCAGAAAUCAAAGAUGGCACCCAGCCUCCAGUCCUGCAGUGACGUAGGCAGAUCGACUACUUCGCGGACAUACUAACAUAAAACGCGCUGUAACAAUGUAACUUGCGAAAUACUAACGUGAAUAUUGUUUCCAUCUAUAACGUCGAGAUAGGGAAUAAUAUAUCAUACAGGCGAGUUUGACUUAGAUCAAAAUAAGAAAACUGAAAAGAUUAAAAAUGAAGCAGAUAAAAGUUGGAGUGUUACUUCUCCUGCCGAUUGGUGCUUUCAUCGUUUUAUUUCUAUACUACUGGCACCAGUCACGUUUCGGGCUAAGAUAUUAUCGGUCUCCGAUCACUGCCCAACCUGUAACAGGAACCCGUGUAACUGUGCCUGUGACCCGAGAACACAAAGCACAGUCCAUGAAACAUAUGAAUCUUGACGAAUUGUACAAAGACGAUAAGGAAGAGGACAACUUUUUAAAUGAAUACAGAACAGUAUAUUCCAUAAACACGCCAGGAUGCCAAAUUCCAUUCAAUAUGGUAAAUUACAGGAAAGAUAUCGAUUAUGACAAAAAACAUAAGCAAAAACGAACUGACUGCGGUAAACGAGCGGUUCACAUAAAGAAAAUUGACGGGAACCGCGUCCGAGCCACGGUGAACCCUUCGGUAAUGAAAAAAUAUCUAAGGAAAAGCGCCCGUUUUGAUUGCUGUUACAGAUUUCUACAGCCCCGCCCUGGUCACGUAAAUACCAAAAUUAAGUAUACGGAAUGUGUGAAAUUAAGUACCGGUUCUACAAUCCUUCUACAAACUGAUUUCAUAAACGUGAAAUGUGUUGAAUACGAUGUGAGAAACAAAACACAUCCGAUAUAUGAUGAUGUGUUUGCCUUCGCCAAGAAAAUUAAUACGACACACACCCAAUCAUGUAAUAACAGCUACAAUGUGCUGAUUUUGGGCAUGGAUACUAUGUCUUUGCCACGGAUUGUGCAGACAAUGCCACGAACUACAGAUUACUUGCACAAGAAUUUUUGGUUUUGCUUCCGUGGUUAUCAUAAGGUGGGCGAUAAUACUUUUCCCAAUGUAAUGGCAGCAUUGUCUGGCAAUGACAUGCCAUUUUUAAAUUCAGAAUGUCAAGAUAAAAUGGACCUGUGUAACAAUAUGAUAAUGUGGAGUAAAUUUAAAGAUAUCGGCUACGUCACGGCGUACGGAGAAGACUUCUUGCGUUUACCUGAUACUUUCAAUAACCGCUACGCGUUUCACAAGCCCCCGACUGACCAUUAUAUAAGGCCAUUAUUUAUCAAAGGAGAGAAGGAGUUGAGUAACAAGCUUGUAUGCUCAGGAAAAAUACCAGCUGCACAGCAACUUUUAGAUUACGCAGCCGAUUUUGUGACGACAUACCGAAAUGACCACUUCUUUGGUUUUUUCUGGAUGAACUCAUUCAGCCACAACACAAACAGUCGUCCUCAGGAUGCGGAUAGACUAGUGGAGAACUUCUUUAACAAAAUUACCUAUACAGGCAUCCUUGAAAACACGUUCAUAAUUUUUUACAGCGACCAUGGCAUUAGAUUCGGCCCACACCGCUUACAAUUAGAAUCGUACUACGACGAACGAUUACCUUCCUUUUUUAUGCGACCGCCGACAACGUUCAGACACAGGCGCUGGGAAGAAUAUAAGGCUUUAGCGGAUAAUCAAUUUAAAUUAGUGACUCCUUACGACCUGUUCAAUACGCUAAUAAACAUAAAGGAGUUGUCAAGUUGCAAGAACAUAUCUAACGUGAACGUUUCUCGCGCCUGUCCGAAUUGCCACAGUCUGUUCAAGCCAGUUCAAACAUCACGGACGUGCCGCGACGCUGCCAUUCAUGAUAAGUGGUGUAGUUGUCACCAAUUGUAUCCCCUAGAUAAUAACGACGUUCAAGGCAUUAAGAGCGUACUGCUGGCUAUCGCUCAUAUCAAAACCGUAAUCAAAGCUAUAAAACUGAAACAUUGCUGGCAGUGCCUGGAGUUGUCACUCAAAAAAGUCCUUAGAAUACAUUUCUAUUACGAAGGUAGAAAAGACAAUAUUUAUUAUGUGGUUGCAUUCAGUACGACGCCAGGUAACAUGUCUUAUGAAGCUGUAGUAAACAAAUCGAAGCUUGUCGGAUCUCUAAGCACUAUAGCGCCGUACAGAGGUCUAGGGACCUGCACAUCGGACAAUCGAGAUUUACCAAAAGCCCGAUUGUAUUGUAUAUGUCAAAAAAUUAAAGAUUGCACAUAAUGAUUGUGAUAUUUUAUCAUAUUUAAAACCUUUUGAUCACUGAAGUUACCUUACAGAAUGAAUCGCUAUGAUGUCACUAGAGGAGAUAAUUAAGCAUAUCUAAUAUUUUUAUGAUCACGAAAUAUUUUUUUAUAGAAUAACGGACACAAACCCCGAUUGUUUUUAGGUCGUCUGAGUUAGCUUGAGACGAUUAAGAUCCAAUUAAUAUA